CAUGUGGUGUUGAAAAAUGGACGCGCACAUGAUUCUGUGAGGUUUUGAAAAUGUUUUGCUUCAAAACUCGCGUUCGCUGAGCGUUAUAAGUUGACAAAACCGUGACAAAGUGUUAGUGAAAAUGACAGAAAUGCCUCCUUAUCUCACCGUCAAAGAUGAGGAGAAAAAUAGUGGACAAACUGAUAGUGAUUCCUCCGACAUAGAUGACUGGGAUAUGCCCCUGUGCUUCGAUAAACCGAGGCAUACGGAGCCUAUCAAGGGUGCAGAGCGUGUGGAGCACUCGUGGAGAGUAAAAGAGAAGUACAAGACCCACUGUGUGGCGCUGGUGCUGUGCCUCAAUGUGGGUGUGGACCCACCCGAUGUGGUGAAGACUCAGCCAUGUGCUCGCCUGGAAUGCUGGAUCGAUCCAAACUCGCUGUCACCGAGCAAGGCGCUGGAGAGUAUCGGGCACGCGCUGCAGGCGCAGUACGAGCGUUGGCAGCCGCGCGCACGGUACAAGCAGUCGCUCGACCCGACCAGCGACGAGGUGAAAAAGUUGUGCUGUUCACUAAGACGCAACGCUAAAGAUGAGCGCGUGUUGUUUCAUUACAACGGCCACGGCGUGCCCAAGCCCACGGCGCAGGGCGAGAUCUGGGUGUUCAACCGGGCAUACACGCAGUACAUCCCGCUGUCGAUGUACGACCUGCAGACGUGGAUGGGUGCGCCCUCGCUCUACGUGUACGACUGCUCCAGCGCCGGUAUCAUCGUGGAGAACUUCAAGACGUUCGCCGAGCAGCACGAGCGCGAGCAGCUGCAGGCGGGCGCCCCGACGGCGGGGCCGCCGGUGUCGUACCGCAACUGCAUCCAGCUGGCGGCGUGCGCGGCGGGGCAGGCGCUGCCCAUGCACCCCGAGCUGCCGGCGGACCUGUUCACGGCGUGCCUCACCACGCCCGUCAAGAUGGCCAUGAAGUGGUUCGUGCUGCGCCACCGCACGCGCGGCGCCCGGCCCGACCUGCACGACCUCAUCGACAAGAUCCCGGGCCAGGUGACGGACCGGCGCACGAUGCUGGGCGAGCUCAACUGGAUAUUCACGGCGAUCACGGACACCAUCGCGUGGAGCUCGCUGCCCGCCGAGCUGUUCCACCAGCUGUUCCGCGCCGACCUGCUGACGGCCAGCCUGUGCCGCAACUUCCUGCUGGCGGACCGCAUCAUGCGCUCGUACAACUGCACGCCGGUGUCGGCGCCGGCGCUGCCCUCGCUGGCCACGCACCCGCUGUGGGCCGCGUGGGAGCACACGCUGGACCUGGCGCUGGCGCAGCUGCCGCAGCUGCUGCAGCCGCGCCCGCCCGACUACCGCCACUCACCCUUCUUCCGCGACCAGCUCACCGCCUUCCAAGUCUGGCUCGACCUCGGUAAAUGGUCGCCGCUGCGAGCGCCGCCGCAGCAGCUGCCCAUGGUGCUGCAGGUGCUGCUGUCCACGCUGCACCGCGUGCGGGCGCUGCAGAUCCUGUGCCGCUUCCUGGCGCUGGGCGCCUGGGCCGUGCGCGCCGUUCUGCACGUGGGCAUCUUCCCCUACAUGCUGAAGCUGCUGCAGGCGUCGGCGCCCGACCUGCGCCCCACCAUGGUGUACAUCUGGGCCAAGAUCAUCGCCGUCGACCCGAGCUGCCAGGUGGACCUCGUGAACGCGAAGGGGCACAAGUACUUCCUGUCGGUGCUGCAGGACCCGGCGGUGGACAGCACGCACCGCACGCUGGCGGCGUACGUGCUGGCGGGCAUCGUGGACGGGUACGCGGCGGGGCAGGAGGCGGCGCUGCAGGGCUCCAUGAUCUCGGCGUGCCUGGAGCAGCUGGGCGAGCCGGCGCCGGCGCUGCGGCAGUGGGCCUGCAUCGCGCUGGGCCGCCUGUGGCGCGCCUACGACGCGGCCCGCUGGGCCGGCGUGCGCGACCUGGCGCACGAGAAGCUGUACCCGCUGCUGCUGCAGCCGCAGCCCGAGGUGCGCGCCGCCUGCGCCUUCGCGCUGGGCACCUUCGUGGCGGCGGGCGGCGCCGGGCCGCGGACGGACCACGCCUGCGCGCUGGAGCAGCAGGUGGGCGUGGCGCUGGCCGCGCGGGCGCCCAGGGACGCCUCGCCGCUGGUGCGGGCCGAGAUCCUGGCCGCGCUGCAGUGGCUGGUGCUCAUCUUCGAGCAGCACUUCAUCGCCGUGUACAUCCAGGAGAGGAUGCGCAGGAGCGACAGGCAGGGCGCGGGCGGCGGCGGCGUGGACCCGGGCCAGGACGCGCUGGAGCCCCGCGGGCCGGCCCGCGCCGCGGCGCCCGCGACGCAGCCGCUGGCCUUGCCGGCCAUCGGGUUCGGGUCCGUGUACAUGAAGCUGUGGCACGCGCUGGCCGCCAUGGCUCGCGAGCCGCACCCGCAGGUGGCGCAGAUGGCCGGCGACAUCAUCGCGCACGUCGCCAACCAGGUGGACAACGUGAGCCGCGAGGUGGAGCAGGCGGCGCUGGCGGGCAGCCCGGGCGGCGGGCGCGGCGGCUCGCUGCCGCCCUCGCCCAACACGCGGCCCGGAGCCCCGGCCUCCGCCCCCGCCGUGCCGCGGCGCCUGCGCACGCUCACGGCCGACGACGAGCCCGGCGCCCACGACCGCGACUCCGCCUCCUCCACCUCCGGUGAGUACCAGCGGCCGGGACCCGGCUCCACAGGUGAUUACAUACUUGACGUGGCUUCCGAACCACAGGGCGAUCGGAUUAUUUACAUUUCCCCGGCUGUACAGGUCGGGAGCAGAUGCUGUAGUUUUAGGCGGACGAGACUAUCGUGUUUCAAAGAAAGUAUUUUUUUGUGGCACGUGUCGUGUCCACCGAUAUCCGUGAGGGGUGCCCGUGGAGCGCGGAAAACCCCCCCUCAGCAGAGCGUGUCCGCAGGCCCGGCCAGCAAGAAGGCCAUCGUGAGUACGUCGUUCGUGGCGUGGUGCGCCGCGGCGGCGGCGCGGCCCGAGCCGGCGCCCGCGCCCGACGUGGAGGCGCGGCCCGAGCACGAGGCCCGCUGGAGGGCCGCGCGCAACCGGCGGCUGCGGGACCACGCCGCACGGCUCCGCGGCACCCGCGUGGCGCGGCUGGAGACGCAGGGCUUCCACUCGCGCUGCCCGCUGCCGCCCGCCGUCGUGCUGUUCCACCCCUACGACCAGCACCUCGCCGUCGCCAGCAAGGACAACUUCGGGAUCUGGGACUGGGGCACGGCGGCCAAGCUGUGCGUGGGGUCGUGGCGGCGGGCCUGGGGCCGCAUCACGGCGCUGGCCUACCUCAACGCGCACCAGCACGCGCUGCUGGCCGUGGCCAGCCACGCGGGGCAGCUGGCGCUGUACAGGCCGCUGGGCAGCAGCCUGGAGCCGGCGCUGGUGUCGGCGUGGCGGGCGCUGCCGGUGCGGGCCGCCGCCGACUACCGCCCGCCGCCGGCGCAGCCGCUCUACAGCCUGGCGCAGCUGGUGUCGGAGCAGUUCGCGGGCGGCGACGAGCGGCCCGCCGCGGGCCCCGACCCCGACCUCGCGGGCGGCGCGGGCGCGGGCGCGGGCUACGCGGCGGGCCCGCCCGGGGUGCUGCUGCGCUGGGCGGGCGCGCGCUGCUCGCUGGCGCUGGCGGGCCCGGCCGCCGUGCUGCGGCUGUGGGACGCGGCCGCCGAGCUGCUGGCGGCCGACGUGAGCACGGACACGGACGCGGCCGCCACGGCGCUGUGGCGGGGCGGCGCCGCGCCGGCGGGGCCCGACGCGUGGCUGUGCGCGGCCGGCUUCGCCGACGGCGCCGUGCGCGCCUGGGACGAGCGCGCGGCGGGCGCGGGCCCCGUGCUGGCGCUGCACGAGCACGCGGCGCCCGUGCUGAGCUGCGCGCGCCGCAGCGACGUGCACGUCAUGCUCACGGCCUGCGCCGCCGGCCAGCUGCGCCUCUACGACACGCGCAAGCUGGCGCCGGCGUCGCCGCUGCGGGCGCCGGGGCCGCUCGCCGCCGUCGACGUGCACCCGCUCGCUGACCUGCUGGCCUGCGGAUCGGUGAACCAAUGCAUCGGCAUCUACGACCUGAAGGGCUCCUCGCUGAACACCAUCCGAUUCCACGAGGGCUUCAUGGGCGCGCGCAUCGGCCCCGUCUCCUGCCUCGCCUUCCACCCGCUCAGGUGCGCGCUGGGCGUGGGGUCGAAGGACUCGACGGUGUCGGUGUACGUGUCGGAGGCGCGCCGGUGACCCUCGCUCUACAGCCUGGCGCUGCCCUUCCAGUGACCCCGCCGGCGCCAUGCUCCAUGAUUACACGACACACCACAAUAGAAGCCGCGAGCGCCGGUUGACAAUGAAUACUUGGUGCUACUGCGCCGGCGCUGCGCCGCGCACGCCUCCGCCUUGCGGCCGCGAUCAUAAUGCAAUCAUGUAUGGACAGUUUUGCUAAUCUAUACAACAUUCGGUCUUAUUGACUUGGUAAUGAAAUGGGUGAUGAUGAACUGUGUAUAGUAUACCUGAAUUUUACGUGUAUUUUAUAUAGAGUGGCCCGAGCCGCGGUCGCCGCGGACGCGAUACAAUGCAACUAAGCUAGCCAAAUACAUUAUACAUAUUAUAUAGUCACAAACAUAAUGCUUUAACUAUGUACGGUUAGUAAAUAAUAAGUCGGCAUUAAGUUACGCCAAUGGCAUCGUACCACUUGCAAAUUUUGCAAUAUUGUAGAUAAUUUAUUAUUAAACGUAAGUACCUACUUGUUUGUAUCAUGCAUGAAUAAUGCGAGCGAGUGGUAGUGUCGCGGCCGCCGCCGCAGUCGCCGGACAGACAGCCGCGCGUUAACCGUACAACGUUGAUUGUGAUGAUGGAACUUGUGUUGACUUGGUUCUCACUAACUUUCCCCGGUCUUCUUACUAUAAACAUAACAUCUAUAUAGCUGCACUAUUAGUUGUGUAUGGCUGUGAUAAUCAUUGGGGCAACUACAACAGUCUUUAUUUUUCAAAACUUAAUUUAUGCACUUUACUAUUAGUUUAUGCAAUAGUUAGUAAACAAAUAGUCCACUAAUAUUCAACAGUUAUAGCUGUGUUCUAAAGAUAAUGAAAUACAAUACCGUUAUAAUAGCGAGUGGAGGUGCGGCCCCGGGACCGUAUAGUGUUCAGUAGCACACGCGUCGACCAAGUGUUUACGAGGUGCUACGUACAACAUUACCGAGACUAUUAGGAUACAAGUGCCGCGAGCACGCGCCGAUAUGCGGCUUUUACGAUUCAUACCGUGUUAACAGAUUGUCACUAUUUUUUGAUUUUAUACUAAGAAUCGGUUCACAAUUUUGUGAUUAGUACGUUU